AUGGGUUGGGCAUGGUACAAGGGCAAUCUUAUCUCAGAUGUUGGUCGACUGGCUGCUUUCUUCCCUUGGCAAGACAUCACUACUGUCAAAGACAAAAUGAAUGCUUGCAGAAAUUGGUGGUUCGAGCGAGAUCAGUUUUUUCAUCUGAGAAGGCAAGACGGGGUGGUACAUUUGCAGCGGCCUGCGCAGCAAUUGCAGCAACGCCGAGAGACCUCUUUGGUACUGAAUCAGCUAAGCUUGUUGACCUACAACUGUCAGUCGCUUGGGGUUGGCAGUGUCCGAUUGCAAGAGCUUGCUGAAGACAUGCACACACUCGGAGUCACAGUGGCUGCUUUGCAAGGCACGAGAUGGAAGUCUGGAGAUCCGCGCGGUGAGUGGGUUGUACACAACCGAGAUGGUCGCGCUAGAUUUUCUUGUUUCUCCUGGGGCAAGCCUGCCAACAACCAGAUGCUUGGCGUGCAGCUGCUAAUCAGCCAUCGAUUGCUGCAAUCUGCUUGCGUUCAUACUCGCUUUGACCCUCCUCGCGGCCUUCAUGGUCGCCUUGGAGGUCUGCGCAUUACCAGCCGCAUGAAGGGUGUGGAGAUGGACGACCUGUUUGUGACUGCAUACGCGCCGCAGGAAAGUGAUGAUGCGCAAAGGCCACUCUUCUUCCAGGCGCUCAUGGAGAUCCUGCAUUCGGUUCCAAAGCGCACGCGCGUCUGGCUUCUUGGCGACUUCAAUGGUCACGUGGGACAUAACUCGCGCAGCACAGCCGUGGGUCCCCAAGCUACUGACGAGACCAACAACAACGGAAUGUCGUUGGUGCAUGCUUGCGCUGCAGAGUCAACAAAGUCCUCGGCAAACGAUGGCAGAUGUCUCCGGUCCGUGAUCACUGGCCUGUGGAGGCCAGAGGACGCGCCACGCCUCAAGGCAGUCUCCCAGCUGAGCUCUGGCAGCUCCUUCUACAGGCACGGCUGUCCGCUACCCAAGCCUGGUGGUGUGUGUGGUCCAAAUGGGCAGCGCAUCAUCAAUCUGCUUGAUCCUGCAAGCAAGUUGUUUUACAAAGCGUUGCUGCAAUUUGUGCCUGAUCAGCCUGCUGAUCACCAGUAUGGCUAUGCAUCCAGCCGCUCCCGUCGUGAUGCUAUCUUGCAUGUUGAAGCUUGGCUCGAUCGCCUCAGGGCGAAUGGUUUGAGUUCUGCUGCUACGCUCUUUGACCUCACCAAAGCUUUCGAUACACUUGCUCUCAGCUGCAUUGAAGAUCUUCUCCAUAAUGAGCCGAUGCCUGUCUCAGUUCGCGAGCUACUUCUUGAUCUGCAUCGACGAUUGCGAAUCAGUCUGAAGCAAACUGAUGGUGGGACCUUGCAAGUGAAACUCGAAUCUGGUGUGUUGCAGGGCGGCGGAACCGGCCCACGUAUUUUUCGCAUGGUCUAUGAUGCUUGCAUCACACGUUGGCGAGAUGCCACUCGUGACAACGAUCUGACUGUUACUUACAACGGUCAAGAUCUUUCGCUCAGUGCUGCCGCCUAUGCCGAUGACCUUGUUCGCAUCCAGUGUGGCAGCACCUUGCAGCAACUUGAAGAUCGUACUUUAGCCUGCACGCAUGCCUUGACUGUCGAGCUUGACCCGCGCAACUUGAAGUUGAAUGCGAAGAAGGGUGAGACGUUGCUGUCCUGCAAGGGCAAGGGUGCCUACACCGCCGCAAGGAGUGCUUUCAGUGGUGAAUGGAAUGGCUACCCUGCAAAGCUUUGUGUCAAAUACCUUGGAGCACAGUUGCAGGCAAACGGCUCUUUGAAAGCUGAGCUACAGAAACGAAUUGGUGCUGCAAGGUCCGGUUUUGCCCGCUUUUCGAAGUUGUUCAAGCGCAGAACCGUUCCUGUUGCCCGCAAAGUGUUGAUCUUCAAAGCUGUGGUCAACGAAGCUCUGCUGGCCGCGUUGGAGGCUACUGUGGCUUCGAGCCUCACUGCUUGCUGA